AUGUCGGUCUCGGAAGACCUCAUCAAUUUCGACCUCAUCGAGACCCAUAAGGAAAACAUACAACAACUUCCUAGCGGUCGAUCAGCACGACAGCUGGUCAACAUAUUAUCGCCAACGCCGACCGGCAAACUGCAGUCUCCCUCUCUCGAUGACACCAAGACUCUGAACGAUGCGAUACGACAUGAAUAUGAACAUGAAGUGCAAAACAUUGCAGAAUCAGAUGACCCUCUGGACGUGUUCGACAGGUACGUCAAGUGGACGCUGAAUGCCUAUCCUUCUGCUCAAGCGACGCCGCAAUCCCAAUUGCUCCCUCUGCUCGAGCGUGCAACCAAAACCUUCCUGGCUUCCUCACAUUACAAGAAUGAUCCCCGGUAUCUGAAGCUAUGGCUGCAUUACAUCAGAUGGUUCUCCGAUGCGCCGCGCGAGACAUUUGCUUACCUAUCUCGACACAAUAUUGCUGAAGGCCUCGCGCUGUUUUAUGAAGAAUUCGCCACAUGGCUGGAAAGCGCAGGGCGCUGGAGCCAAGCUGAACAGGUCUACAAGCUCGGAAUUGAGAGGGAAGCUCGACCUGCGGAGAGAUUGAUGCGGAAGUUCGGCCAAUUUCAGCAGCGUUUUGCUGCCAGACCACAAGAUCCGAACGAGCCAACCUCACCCGCAUUACCAACAGUACGGCCGGCAUUGGCUGCAAAGAUCGACCCAUUCGCAUCCACACCUCGAUCGAAUGACCCUCAAGCGGCUCAACGCGUCGGAAGUGGAACCUCGUCAAGACCAGCGAAAGCCAAGAUGGCAGUCUUCUCUGAUUCUGGCAACGCGACACCGCCUGCUACCGCACCACCAGUGGAGGGAUGGCAGAGCAUUGGAUCAUUGCACGAAAGGAAGAAGGAGAACGCAAUGGCGGCAAAGCCAUGGGUAGGGGAGACAUUGAAGGCUGGUAAGCGGGCUGGAACCACGGAGAAGAUGACGAUAUUCAAAGACCAGACCUUACGAAUACAAGAAACCAACCAAGCCUAUACCGCCCCUAAUCCUCCACCCCCCGUGAUGAAUUCCAAGACGGGGAGGCCAGAACGUGUUUUCGUGAACCUGGAAGCUGUGUAUCCAAAUUCUGCUAAUCCUGCAGACGAGAUGAGUUUCGAUGAAUUAAGGGCUAUACACAGGGGCUGGGCAGACAAGGACUGGAGGGAAGAAAGCAAAAGGGCUUUGCAGGCUAUUUCAGGGAAUACUCAACGCUCACCACCCAGCCUGAGCAAUGCUGUGAUGGAUAAGCUGUCAAAAGAACUUGAGAAGAAAGCAUGUAUAGACGAGAAUGAAAGCUCCCAGCAAUCUACUCCUACCACCAACAGCCAGAAUCAGAGCCAGGAGGUCAGACCAGCAAAGCAGAGGAGGAUGAAGAUUAGAGAAGUCAAACAAGAAACCCAGACAAUCAAAACAAACUUGGCCUCUCCCACUGGCCCUAAGAUCCGACGGAAACUGACAGCGGAGCCAACAAUGACCUUUCAUAGCAAAGCUGCCACAAACGAUGUUUAUGAUCUAUUUAACCAACCACUUAAGUGUGAAGCACCCAAAGAAGAUACUCAAAGUGCAGGUGAAAGCGAUAUUGACGAUGAUGGCUAUUCAACAGCUGGCGAAAGCACAGGGACUGGGAUGAUAUCCGGAGCGGUAAGUGAAUCUGGAAACGAAGACACAAGUGUUUCUGUCCGCACUACCAUGACCGGGGAUGAGGAGACCAGUAAUGGUACAGUAAACACAGCAGAAACGGGUGGUGAAUGGACUGAAUUCUCCACCAGCAAACACAUUCCACCACAGAAUUUGACUGGUCACCAAGGCUCAGAUGAGGCCCCUUUGAUCCAGCACGUGGACAACACGUUUUCCAACAUGGCUGUUGAGCAUGCUCAUCCUGAGGAGGAGCUCAGUACGCCCAUAGAGCCAGAGGUGCAAGUGGUGGAGACAACGGCCAACACUCCCUUUGUUCCCAUCCCGCCAGAAGAUUAUAAUCCAGCUCCUCUGCGAACAUUCCGUGACCCAUCAAACGUUGCACAAAGCAGGCUCCCUUUCAUGACUCCCAUUGUUGAGAAGACUGAAUCGUCGCUAGCAGCCAACACCGUCUAUCAAAAGGGAGAGCAAGAUUAUUUUACCGCCAGAACACCUUCACGAUCAAGCUCAAGCAAGAUUGACAGCCCAUCGAAGAUUGGAGUGGACAGAUUACUUGUCAGCAGUCCCUUUGCCGAAAAUGCGUCACCUCAUCGAAGUGGUGGUAGGGCGAGGUCACCUACCCAGCUGGAUUUUCCAGUUUCGCCAUCGCCAAAAUCCAAGAGAGCGUCAAGAAGUGUACUUGAAGAGCAGGAAGAUGACUUGUCCAGUCCGAGAAAGAAGCUUCAGAUCACCAGAGGACAUGGCUCACCCACCAAAAUCAAGGUCAAAGUGACGACAACACCAAGCUCACCAACAACAGCGGACCAUGAAGAUGGCUUCAUCAAAGCCGCGAUUCCCACCCAAACAACAAACCCAGCAACAGAGAAGAGUCCCAUCAUUACCGAUCUACAAUGCAACCCUACCGAACCAUCCAUCCGCAACCAGAUCCUAGCCAACAUCCAACCGCCGCUUUCAUCCUACACUGGCUUUUUCAACCACCCGGACCACACGUUUGGAAGAUACACCCAACUCCAAAAAAGAAGAAGAAGAGGCAACCUCGAAGCCAUAAAAGCCGAAUCCCCACCCUCGCAAGCCAUCUGGGAAUUCCACAUCAUCCGCACCAUCCACCGUCGCCUGCUCAACAAGAACAACAACAACAACAAUUCCAGUUCCCAAGAUGAAUGCCGCGCCCUCGACUCCAUCAUCACCGCCCACGAACUCCACGCCUUUGCCGACGAAGCAUAUCUGGUCCUCGAUUUCUGUCCCACGGGCACGCUGCUCGAUCUCAUCAAUCUCGUGCGAGCGGACAACAAGCGCGCGGGCAAAGCGGCGGCGGACGCGGCCGGCCUGGAUGAGGUGCUCGCCAUGUUCUUCACCGUCGAGCUACUCCGCACGGUGGAGAGUCUGCAUGGGGCGGGGAUCCUGCACGGCGAUCUGAAGGGCGACAAUUGCCUCAUCCGCCUCCCCUGCAACUUCUCCACCGCAAAGCAAAGCCUAGACCUGGGCGCGUACACGGCGGAUGGAAGCAACGGCUGGGCCGGGAUACCCUCUAUCUGGCUUCCGAGUGUGAGUGACUUCCUCUUGACGUAUAGUUCCGCUGGUUUCUCUUUCCACGCUGGCGCCAAAGGAGGUCACUUAAAGUAA